AUGGAAGCUGAUAGUCUUGGAAACUCACGGAAUGGAGCCCAGAAGUCUGGUGGGCGCCCGAGAAUACAUAUAAAUGACCUUCCCUUUGAAGUACUUAUCAAUAUCUUCUCGCGGUUGAAUCCACUCGAUCUUUGUAAUGGAAGAGUGGUGUGCAAAAAGUGGUAUGAGGCGAUUCGGGACAAGCAUACGUGGGCAGGAUCGUUUUCGCGGAGAUUUGGUUCGAGCAAAGUGUUUCCUUCUGUAUCUGGAUCGUCGGUUUGGAUGACUGAAUAUUUCACCAGGCUUGAGGUGUAUAAAAGAUGGCGUAAAGGUAUAGCCAGACAUACCAGUUACCAAGUUCUCAACAACAAUGAGUUUGCCAUGAUCAAUCACAGCAUAGCUGACUUCAAUCAGAACCGUUUGCUUACCUUUUCUCAAGGAGAUAUACAGAUUUGCAAUCUUCGAGAUGGCAAAAAUGUCACGUAUAUUCCAGGAAACCAGGCAUUUUCCCGCAUUUCCGCCUACUCUGUGAGCUGGGAUUACUUGUUUCUCGGUAAGGAGACUGGGGGACUAUAUUUGAAAAACUUGAAAACGUCUACAUCUUCCACAACUUCACGCACUUCAUUGAUUACGCUUAUAGAUGAUACUGCUGAAGACCUCGAUCCCAUCACCUGUACUGCUUUGAGUUUCUACUUGGAUAAGCAUAGGCGAGAUGUGGAUUGUAUAGCGGGAACAAUGCUGGGAGCUGUGAAAUUUUGGAAUAUUAACGGAACCUUGAAGAAGACACUUGAGUUGAACGACCCUUUGGUUGAGAUCAAAAGUAAUUUCCAAAACGUUGCCGUGGCAUUAUCUCUUUCAAAGUUUUACAUCAUAGAUUUGAAAACGUUUAAGGUCUCUUCAAUCGAUUUGGAACUCACGUUCGUGGAGCAAGACAAACAUCGUUUGUUCAUGGAUGUUGAUUUUGCUGACAGCAAUAUUAUACUAUGUUACAAGAACAGGAUCUGGUUAUACAACUACGAGCGAAACACCAAUUCUUCUGUGGAAUUUGAACCAGACUUGACGAUUGUAAAUGCAAAGAUGCAAACGGUUUCGAAACGAAACCUCACCAAACGAGAUAAGCUGUUGGCAGGUUCUGAUGGGCUAUUAUACGCCAAUAUUUUGUCCAAUGGCACUGUGAUAGUGUGGAAUGUGCGGGAUAUUGGCUCUACUAUCAUUCCCCAGUGUCUUAUAAGUCCUGCGUUUACCAGAAUUUGGCCCGAUCAUUUUAUUCCUGAAGCUGAAGCCACUUCUAUCUCACUCAAUUCCAGCAUUCUUGCGGUGGGAGGACUCAAUGGCUCCACCAACCUCUACAACGCCAUUACUGGUCAGUUUUUAAGAUACUGUUCCGUCAAAUUCCCCAAGAAGCUUUCACAUAUCUACCACAGCAUUACUGGAGUUUCAGAUAUCAUAUUGAAUCCCGACCAAACCGAUACCCUGGGAGCUAUUGUGAUCAUGGACGCAGUUCAGUAUUUCAGUUUUGGCGACAACCAAACAAAAUUUGGCACCAAAGAUAAAAAAAAAUUGAACGUUGGACCUUCAAAUAAGCAGUAUGUCAAACAGUCGAUUCGAGACGGCAUGGAAGAUUACGAUCGCCAGCAGAGUAUCAAGCAGCAACGGGAGCAGCUUGUAGAACGAUAUAAUGGAGCGGAAUACGAACCUGAAGAGGAACUUUCAGUGGCAUUGGCAAUUAGUGAAAGCAUUCUGUCACCGGCCGAAUCUAACAAUACAACUGCAUCGCCCACCGAGGGUUCGAGUUCCGGCAUUGAUGAAGAUGAGCAGUUGAGAAUUGCAUUAGAAAAGUCACUCUACGAGUUGUAA